AUGCCUACUUGCAAAUAUUGUGGCCAUUGGGUCCCUACAACGUCCGGACUCAACAAGCACAUCAGCAAGUCUCAAAGUUGCCGCACCAAGUGGAUUGAACGGCUGCAAAACUUCAGUGUCAACGUCUUCAAUCUUGGUGGAGGGCUUGCCGAGCCUCAGCCAGCAGAUUUCAGUGAUGGCAGCGAGGAUGAACUGGACUCAGCAGACAUUAAUUUCACCAAUGAAUAUGAAGCUAUCCCAGAGCCCAGGCCAGACUUACCUCAAGACUCGGAUCGACGAGCACAAGUUGAAGUUGAAGAGGCAUUAGCAGGUGUACCUACGACAGAUCAGGAGAAUGUACCCACAAAGUUCCGCAGGAUCCAGGAUGAGUUGGAGACCAGUGAUGAAGGGAUGUGGGGGCCAUUUCAUGAUGAAGACGAGUGGGAGCUUGCAAAGUGGCUCAUUCAGAAUGUAGGCCAGAAUCAGACCGACAAAUUCCUCAAGCUUCCAAUUACCGGACCUGGCCCUUCGUAUACCACCAACAAGGCAUUCUUGAAAAAGAUUGAUGGCCUUCCCACGAAACCUCCAGACUGGCACUGCGAUAUCGUCAAAGUCGCUGGAGAUCUAGUUGACGGAGACGGUGAGAUGUUGACGACAGAGUUGGAGUUGUGGCGGCGGGAUCCAGUGGAAUGCGUUCGCGAGCUCAUAGGAAACCCGGCCUUCAAGGAGUUUAUGGCCUAUGCACCCGAACAAGCUUAUGAAGACACCCAGGGCAAGAGUCGGAUAUACGACAAUAUGUGGACCUGUGACUGGUGUCAAGUAAACUUGAAGCCUGCUAAUCAAUCAAUUGAACAGGGUAAAUUAACACCUGGUGCAACAAUAGCACCUCUCAUCCUCACCUCUGAUAAAACCAGUCUGUCUCAAUUUCGUGGCAACAAGUCAGCGUGGCCUAAGGCCACUCGUCGAAAACCACGCUUGCACGCCACCAUCUUGAUUGGAUAUUUGCCGGUAGCCAAGCUGGACUGCUUUAGCUAUCGACUUUUCCAUGAGUGUAUGUGGCGUCUUUUGCAACCCUUGAUCGCAGCGGGACGUGAGGGGGUUGAGAUGGUCUGUGCUGACGGGAGGGUGCGUCGAGUGCAUCCUAUACUAGCGGCAUAUGUCGCUGACCAUCCUGAGCAGUGCCUUGUCGCAUGCACGAAGGAAAGUUUUUGCCCCAAGUGCCGUGUUCAUCGAGACGAUCAAGGAGAACUUCUCACAUCCCUUCUACGGGACCCUGACCAGACAAUGACGAUCCUGGCACACAAGCAAUCAGGCCGGAGAGUCGCAGCUUACGCUCGAGAAGGCCUACGUCCUGUCUACCAUCCUUUCUGGGCAGAUCUGCCCCACGCCAACAUCUUCGCGAGUGUCACACCGGACAUACUACAUCAACUCCACAAAGGAGUCUUCCACGACCAUCUUUUGAAAUGGUGUACCGAGAUAGCGGGGGAAGAACAAAUUGAUGAGUGCUUUUGCAUGAUGACUCACUAUCCUGGCCUUCAAUAUUUCUCCAAAGGCAUUUCCCUUGUGUCACAGUGGACGGGGACAGAGCACCGCGAAAUGCAGCAGGUUUUUUUGGGUGUACUCGCAGGCGCAGUUCAACCCACAGUAUUCCGUGCUGCACGAGCUGUGCUAGAGUUUAUUUAUUAUGCUCAAUAUCACGCUCACACCUCGCAGACACUUGACGCCCUCCAAAACGCGCUGGAUGAAUUCCACGCACACAAGCACAUAUUCACAGAUCUUGGGGUGUGCGACAACUUCAAUAUUCCCAAGCUUCACUCUAUGAUGCACUAUGUCGACUCAAUCAAGUCCCGAGGUUCUGCAGACGGCUUCAACACAGAAUUCCCAGAACGUUUGCACAUCGAUUUCGCCAAAAAUGCUUACCAGGCGACUAACAAGCGAGAUUAUGUAGCACAGAUGACGAAGUGGUUGAUGCGACAGGAGAUGGUUGAUCAGUUCACAGCCUACCUCGACUGGCGGUUGCAGAGAUUUGGUGAGGACUUGGAGCCAGCAACCGGUGGAGAUGAGGAGGACAACAACAACGAAGAGAUGCCAACCACCACGCCUACGAACGGUGACGAAGGAUCAACCACCCAGCCCAUUCCAGUAUCAACACACAUCCUCCCAUCCCGUCCUUCAUUCAAGGCAUUGACUGUCGCUACUAUCACACGCACGUUCAGCACUUUCAAUUUUUUGCCAGCAUUGACUCAAUUUCUUCGGCUCAAUGUAGUACCUGCCAACAGCGGACUCAUUGUCAGCGAAUGGGAUCGGUUCCACGCUUAUCGACGACUCUCCAUCCUGUAUGAGAAGCUACCCGCCGUUCACAUGACCAAUGGUCUCGAUCGCAUUCGUGCUACUCCCCCAACUGCACCAGCUGGUCGUUCCUCUGGUACUGUUGGCAAAUUUGAUACUGUGCUUGUUCGUCUACGUGUUUCUGAUUCGUGCUCGCACCUAGGUCUUCAAGUCGCACAACUGCGGUUGAUUUUCGAGCUUCCGCGUCACCUCACAAUUGUCGGUCAACCGAAUCCGAGUCAACUGGCGUAUGUUGAAUGGUUCCAGCCUUUUUGUGCGCGAGAUGAAGUGUUUCAAAUGCACGCCAUGACUCGUGCUUAUGCUGGUCGUGCCCCCCGCUCUUCUAUCAUCCCACUGUCGAGCAUUGUUCACAGUUGUCAUCUUAUUCCGAAAUUUGGUACUCAAGUGGACAGGAGUUGGUCUGCAGCACAUGUGUUGGACAGUUGUAAGACAUUCUACCUUAAUUCAUGGAUAGAUAUGUACACUUUUUACAAAUUGCACAACAACUAA